AUCUGAGGUUAUUCCCAUGGAGAAAGGCGGAAGAGAACAAAGGCUUUAUUUUUUUCUUUUUCCAAAAAAAAACAAAAAAAAAAAAUGCCCUUUUGCAUAGACCCAUUAUAAUAUAUAUAUAUUAUACAUAGACUGUGUGUAUAUGUGUGUGCGUAAGUAAAGUGGUAAAAAAGUGUGGAAGGAAAAGGAGGUUGAGUGUGGUUUACGCCAAAAUGGUCGUCGUCCACAUGUACCCAUUACUAUAAAGAAGGCAGACUUUCUCCUCUGGAACAACCCACCCAAAUCCCAAUUCUCCAUGUUGGAAUUCAGUUUCAUGGAAGGUCUGUAUUGAGAUGGAGAAGCUUAAUUUUGUUAAGAAUGGAGUGGUGAGACUCCCUCCUGGUUUCCGCUUCCAUCCAACUGACCAAGAGCUUCUUCUUGACUACUUGAAGCGCAAGGUGUUUUCCUGCCCUUUACCUGCCUCCAUCAUUCCUGAGCUUGAUGUUUGCAAGGCUGAUCCCUGGGAUUUACCAGGUGAUUGGGAAGAAGAGAGGUACUUCUUCAGCAGACGAGAGGCCAAAUACCCAAAUGGGAAGAGAUCGAACAGAGCAACGGGGUCUGGUUAUUGGAAGGCAACGGGAAUUGACAAACAGAUUGUGAGUGCUUCGGGAAAGCACGUUGUGGGAUUGAAGAAAACCCUAGUUUUUUACAGAGGGAAACCCCCUCAUGGCUCCAGAACUGAUUGGAUCAUGCACGAGUAUCGCCUUCAUUCCUCUGUUUCCAACCAGAUGAGAAAGGAGAAGUGGGUGGUUUGCCGCAUAUUUUUGAAGAAGCGAGGUACCAAAAAUCAAAAUCCUGUUUUCUAUGAUUUCUUGAGGAGUGAUUCUUCGUCUUCCUCAGGCUCAAGUGGAAUCACACAAGUCUCUUGUAAUGAAUCAGAUGAUCAUGAAGAAAGUAGCAAAAGUAAUUUUAAUUCCUUCUAAUUAUUUAUUAGUCUCUCUCACAUUUCUCCCCAAACACACCCAGCUUUUUCUUUUUCUGGAAGUAAUACAUAAUUAUCAAAUUAAAUUUUAAUUGUAUUUAAAAUCUAUUAGUUAUGUCCAAGGGGGGAAUUUUCGUGAUAUUUGGUUAGAUUA